UACAUAAUUUUUUGUGCGUUAUCAAAUAAUGCAGAAAAGGCCAAAACAUGAAGAUAGAAAAAAGGAUAGAAGGAGAGAUACUCGGUUGGUUGGUUGGUUGGUAAGCGGUAAGCCUCGCCUCUGUGAAUGGCAACAACAAAGGCGGCUCUUCUCCCUUGGGUUUUCCCAUCGGCAUCGCCGAGACACGUCUCCUCCCUGCUCCCAGUAGUAGCCCUUGUUCCCUUUGAGACCAAGAAGAGGAGAGCACAAGACUUAGCAGUCUCCGUCGCCUUCAAUCCUUCUGGCAAUUUCAAUAUCUCUGCCUUCGAUCACGAUGACGAUCCUUCUGAUAAAGUGGAACCUCCCAUGCCUCCCAAGACCGGGCGCUACGAGGUUGUGAUCGACAACGACUCCAUUGCGCGGCUUGACCUGUCCCCGUUUCAGACAGCCACCGGCAUAACAUCACCUUCUCUAGCUGAACCAAAAGAGUAUUUGGAUCGAAGCAUCGGAUUCACGAUCAAGUACAAAAGAGAAGACCCCGGGGAUCCGCGGGAGCUGUCAGAGUACCCGGACAUAAGACUGUGGUUCGUGAGGCUCGACGCCAUGUACCCUUGGCUUCCCCUUCUUCUGGACUGGCGAGCUGGAGAACUUGCUCGAUAUGCCGCCAUGCUUGUCCCGCACCAGAUGAGCUUGAGAAUGGGCGUCGUUUUCAACCCCGAGGCGUUGGAGCUCUUCGUCAUGAACAAAGUGUUUGUCGUUUAUCCUUGGCUGAAACGGCACGGUGUCCCCAAGCCCAGGUUGAAGACCAGCGACAUGGCCAGGAUGCUCGGCUUCGGCAUCGGCGAUCAGCUCUUCGACUUGAUCGAUCACUCCCACUUGUCCUCCUAAUUACACACACCAUUACAUUUACAUUGCCUGGGCCUAAACAUUGGGCUUUUAUUGAACAAGGCCUCAAAGAUAUUGAUUGGUUGCAUACGUGGCGUA